CUUUGUUAUGUUUACCAGCACACAGCCAUCGAUUACUGAGCACACAUCCCGGGGGAGAAGGGUGUUCCUCACUUCACGCUCGUCCCGAGGUAUUCACUGGUCACCAUGGCAGAUCCCAACAAACCUCAGAGGAGGAUGUCCCGGACCGGAUCCUCGUUGUACCAAGUUUUAGGGUUGGAGAAAGGCGCAACACAGGAUGAUAUAAAGAAAGCCUAUCGGAAGCUAGCCCUGCGUUUCCACCCAGACAAAAACCCUGAUAACCCAGAAGCUUCUGAGAAAUUCAAAGAAAUCAACAACGCCAACACAAUUCUGAGCGACGACAACAAGAGGAAAAUCUACGAUGAGUAUGGCUCCAUGGGCCUCUAUGUGGCGGAGCAGUUUGGGGAGGAGAGCGUCAAGUACUACUUCCUCAUGUCCAAGUGCUGGUUCAAGGCUCUGGUGAUUUGCUGCACCUUGGUGACAUGCUGCUGCUGUUGCUGCUGUUGUGGGUUUUGCUGCGGCCGCUGUAAACCUCCGGAGGAGGACGAGUCUUAUAAGUGUGUGAACCCAGAAGACCUGGAGGCUCAGAUCAGAGCAGAGGACGGGGAGGAGGUCAUCAACAAGCAGCCAUCUGCUGGAGCUUCUGUCCACCCCGAGCCACAGAAGCAGAACUCCUAAUACUGUCCUUGGAUCCCGCAACGACCUGGAUAGCAGCUGUAUUGGACGGGAUCCAUUUCUCGCCAUUUUUGAAGACCCGGAUUUAGAGCUCUUGAGGAGAAGGAGAAAACAUUUGUUCCGAAGAGCUCAUGGCACCUUCCACUGAUCUUCAAAUCCUUCUCCAUCAUCUUUUUUGGACCUUACGGCAGAAGGGGCAACUAAAUCUGCCUCGUAUUGCGCUUGUUCAGUCUCUUGGUCCUCACCAUGAGGCUUGAGGAGCUUCUUCUACACUGGCAACAAGAAGCAAAGGAGACCCAACUCUAUACUUUCUUAAUUAAAGACUAUCUUUGACCAUCCUUGCCCCCCUGCAGAGCAGAGAACAUUAAAACGGGAUCCUGGAAUUAAACCCUCACAAUAGUUGCCUCUAGAAACCCUUUUUCCGUCCCGUAAAAGUCUGGUAUAAAUAGUUAUGAACCGGUUGGCCCCCGGGCUUGUCUUGCUCUUUUUCUGUCUGUUGGUUAAAAUAGGGCUAAUGUACCGAACUAGGAGGCUAAACCCAGAGACUAUGGCCAGACAAUCUCACUGUGUAGAAGUUCCUGCUCCAAAGACUCGUUUUUAAUUUUUUUUUUUUUUUUCUUAUCCCCGAUCAGACUGAAUCGAUUCUCAGCCAUACUGGAAGCAACCUCCUCAAUGUUUGUAUUCGACCCUUCAAAGCUCAAUGCCAAUGACUGCUGUCCUUUGGCCGGCCUGGUGCUCCGGGGUAGAUGAUUGCACUUUCGGAAACAUCUGGACGGCGCUCGUCGAAUUCCCUUCUCACGAACGCGGGCUCCAUUAACACCACUCUGCACUGACUUCUUACUCUGACCAAUUAACAGACAAGCUUUGAGGCCAUACCCAACGGCCAACCAAAAACUUUCAUUCAUGGACAGGACAAGGCUAUUUAGCACCCAAAAUGUACCACGGCAGGUCCUGUCCUUUUUACACCAACCCCCCCCCCCCCCCCCCAUCCUUCCAAUUCUAGAUGAAGCGCCCAAGGCGCCUGUCCCUCUAGCCCACCAGGCCUGUAAAUUUAUAAUGGAAUCUGAGCAGUUUUUUUUUUAUUGUGGCCUCACGGUUCUUGUUGGAGAAUAUUCACUGUAUAGUAUCAUUUCAAUUCUUUCUACUGUUGGGUGAAGCUUCGGUGAUAAUUUAUAGUCAGUCCCCACACUUCCUGUGAUUUGUAUAUCCUUGUGCCCGAGUCACGUGUAAACUGUGCGGCGUGCACACGUCAAGAGAGUCUGUUGGCCGAUGUUUGAUGGACCUGUGGUGUGGUCUGGAUUAUUGUCCUCUCCAAAAGUCGCACCCCCCACAUGUAUUUCUGCAUCCUGUGCGCACAGACCGUACCUCAUUUUAGCUUUUUUUACUCUUACUUUUUUUUUUCUGGACACCUGAAUGCUAAAGUUUGUACCGGUUUUUGCCAAAUGUACCGGUUUUCUCACCAGCACGCGUAGUGCCAACGUAGGAAGGGGGGGGGGGCGCUGUGGACUGGCGUGUUUACCACCAUACAAUGGUGUCUGAGAGCUCUGGGUGGAAAGGAGAUUACUACCUCCUGAGUGUCCUGGAGCUUUAAUAAAAUCACCCACACAAAA